UGAGGUUGGGCUCGGGCAAGGCCGGGGCGCCGGCCCAAUGCGAGGGCCAUGGUUGCUGGAGCAGCGCUUGGCUCAGGCUGAUGAUCUCAUGGCCCCCGCGGACACCUCACCACGCCCAACUCGACACCUCCUCAGCCACCAUGGACAAGUUCAAGAGUGUGGCUAAGAACGGCUGGCACCCAGAGAAGGACAAGACGGAUAGCGGCAGCAGUGGCGGCGGCGGACAGAGCGAUUCCAAGUUUGGACAAGUGAAAGGCUGGGUGGGCAAGGCCCAGGGCAAGGAUGCGCACGCUGAAGCCGCCCGCCAGCACCAAUCCACACCCUUGUCGACGCUGAAGGACCCGGCAUCGUUUGCUCCGCCGCCAAAGCGACUGGAUUACCAUGGAGGCGCCUCAGCAGCGAGCGGGGCACGGCAGAGGAUGCAGCAGCGAGAAGAGGAGCGGAGACAGGCAGAAGAGGAGGCCAGCAGGCCGCCCCCAGGGCCAUACAGGCCCGACACGACCGGACUAAGCACCGCACAUCUUCCGAAGCCCCCUGCCUUCCAGCAGCCAGGCACCGCUUCACCACAAGCUUCGGCCCCCGCGACGAAACCGAAGCCGAGUCUCCCUCCGCGCCUGCCUCCGCGCCAGACGUUAUAUCCGGACGAGUUUGCGCCCGCUCCGCCGCCCACGUACACUGAGGCUACGCAGCAGGCGGCGCCGGCCCAAGGGGUGCUGAACCCAGCUGCCCUGGGCCGUCUGGGACAGGCGGGCGUGUCGGUCGCAGGCCUGGGCAUCGGUCGGACGGCCUCUCCUCCAGUGCCGCCCCGCGCGAACCCAUCACCACCGGUACCACGACGCGCGAAUCCCUCACCACCGGUUCCGCCCCGGCUGAACUCGAGCGCGAGCGUCGAUACCCAGAAUGCACCCUCACGCCACGCAUCGCCCAUGAACGAGCUGCAGAACCGGUUUGCGAAGAUGACGGGGCCCAAGCCGGCGGCCGAGGCACCUGCGACGGGCACAUCGUGGGCAGAUAAGCAGGCAGCGCUGCGUACUGCGGGCAACCUGCGCAACGACCCGUCCAAGGUGUCGGCCUCGGACCUGAAGGGGGCGGCGUCGACGGCGAGCAACUUCCAGCAGCGGCACGGCGACCAGGUCGCGUCUGGGUGGAAGUCGGCCAAUUCGCUCAACCAAAAGUACGGAAUCGCAGGGAAGCUCAACAGUUUUGCGUCAUCGUCAAGCGCCUCUCCUGCCCCUCCCUCACCAGGGCCGCCGGAGGCAGCUGGCAACCAGGCAGGAGGAGGAGGGCUGGGGAAGAGGGCGCCUCCACCGCCGCCGCCGAAAAAGAAGGGAUUGAGCGAGGGAGCAGGCGAGCCGCCGCCGAUUCCUCUGAGCAGCAAGCCCAAGUUCUAGGGUUUGUGUAUGUAGCAUGUAUGUGCUGGGCUUGUUGUAGUCGACAGCGUCUGGCCCCGCUACACCUACUAUGUACAUGCAGCCAUGUACACCUACUACCUACUCCAUACAAGCGUCC